GACAGCCCCUUGCUGCGCGGGGACCGCUACCAGCUGGGCCAGCGGAGGAACGAGGCUUCUGAUUGGCUGCCUCCGGCGACUACUGGCGAGAGGGAGGGACCGAGGGAGCGGGGGCGUCGCGGAGAAAUGACGCAACGCCGCGGCUCCUUAAAGGCGCCAGCCCCUAGCGCCGCGGAUGGCGCAGGCGCGUUCCGGGGGCUCCCGCUUCUUCUCCGAGAGCUGAGAGCCGGGCCGGACGGGCGCGCGCGCGCGCGGACUGUGCAGACAGGGCGCGCGCCGGACGCGGGCAGCUCGAGGGGGCCCGCGGGGCGGCUGGGGCAGCUGGACCGGACGGCUGACGAGCGGGCGCCGCGAUGGCAGAGGGCAGCGCCGUGUCCGAUCCUCAGCAUGCCGCGCGUCUGCUGCGAGCGCUCAGCUCUUUCCGCGAGGAGUCCCGCUUCUGCGACGCGCACCUGGUCCUCGACGGGGAGGAGAUCCCGGUGCAGAAGAACAUCCUGGCGGCGGCCAGCCCGUACAUCAGGACAAAGUUAAACUAUAAUCCUCCAAAAGAUGAUGGAUCAACCUAUAAGAUUGAACUUGAAGGGAUAUCGGUAAUGGUUAUGAGAGAGAUCCUGGAUUACAUCUUCAGUGGGCAGAUCCGGUUGAGCGAAGACACAAUCCAAGAUGUUGUGCAGGCAGCGGACCUGCUCCUGCUGACGGAUCUGAAAACUCUGUGCUGUGAGUUUUUAGAAGGCUGCAUCGCCGCAGAGAACUGCAUCGGUAUCCGCGACUUUGCACUUCAUUACUGCCUGCACCACGUCCAUUACCUGGCCACGGAGUACCUGGAGACUCAUUUCCGAGACGUCAGCAGCACAGAAGAGUUCCUAGAACUCAGUCCACAGAAGCUUAAAGAAGUGAUUUCUCUGGAGAAGUUAAAUGUUGGCAAUGAAAGAUACGUGUUUGAAGCAGUGAUCCGGUGGAUAGCACACGAUACAGAGCUAAGAAAGGUCCACAUGAAGGACGUGAUGUCAGCGCUCUGGGUUUCAGGGUUAGACUCCAGCUACUUACGGGAACAGAUGCUGAACGAACCGUUGGUGCGAGAAAUCGUCAAGGAGUGCAGCAACAUACCUCUGAGUCAGCCGCAGCAGGGGGAGGCCAUGCUGGCGAACUUCAAGCCGCGGGGUUACUCCGAGUGCAUCGUGACUGUGGGUGGAGAAGAGAGAGUUUCCCGGAAACCAACAGCAGCGAUGCGAUGUAUGUGCCCUCUUUAUGACCCUAAUAGGCAGCUUUGGAUUGAACUGGCCCCUUUAAGCAUGCCAAGAAUUAACCACGGAGUUCUCUCAGCAGAGGGAUUCUUGUUUGUAUUUGGGGGCCAAGAUGAAAAUAAGCAGACCCUGAGCUCAGGAGAAAAAUACGACCCAGAUGCAAAUACGUGGACUGCAUUGCCGCCAAUGAAUGAGCCGCGGCAUAAUUUUGGAAUUGUGGAGAUAGAUGGAAUGCUGUACAUUUUAGGAGGAGAAGACGGUGAGAAAGAGCUGAUCUCCAUGGAGCGCUACGACAUUUAUUCUAAAACCUGGACAAAGCAACCUGACUUGACCAUGGUUAGAAAGAUUGGCUGCUAUGCGGCUAUGAAAAAGAAAAUCUAUGCCAUGGGCGGAGGAUCAUAUGGAAAACUCUUCGAAUCUGUGGAAUGUUACGACCCAAGGACCCAGCAGUGGACUGCUAUUUGUCCGCUAAAAGAGAGAAGAUUUGGAGCUGUGGCCUGUGGAGUUGCCAUGGAACUGUAUGUUUUUGGGGGAGUCAGAAGUCGUGAAGACAUCCAGGGCAGUGAGAUGGUCACUUGCAAGUCUGAAUUCUACCACGAUGAGUUUAAAAGGUGGAUCUACCUUAACGACCAGAAUUUAUGCAUCCCCGCCAGUUCUUCUUUUGUUUAUGGAGCUGUCCCCAUAGGAGCCAGUAUUUAUGUUAUCGGAGAUCUCGAUACAGGUACCAAUUACGACUACGUGCGUGAGUUUAAAAGAAGCACGGGGACGUGGCACCAUACCAAACCGCUCCUCCCGUCCGACCUCCGCCGCACCGGCUGUGCAGCCUUACGUAUUGCAAAUUGCAAGCUUUUCCGCCUGCAGCUCCAGCAAGGCCUAUUCCGUAUCCGUGUUCAUUCACCCUGAAGAGGCGGCAGAGCGGAGGCAGAGCUCCUGACCCGGCGCACCAUAACCUGGCUUUCUGCGAGGGGACCAGAGGUGGCAGCGUAUCUCCGGUGGUUUUACUGUAACGCUUAGAAGCCCGCGCUUCAGCUCCUCUCGCGGAGAACCCGUGACUGUCGAAAAAGCUCCCUUGGAGGAAUCCGUUCCUCCAGGUAGAUGUGUCUGCAGACGAACGGAGUAACUAUCCGGUAGAGGCAAAGGGAAGUGGGAAUCGGGGUCAUGUAAAAUAUCGAAGUUAGCGUACUAAGGUGCAUUCUCCCGGAAGGGGACUCCUUUCCGAGCGACUGCUGUGUUCCGGUACCUGGCUGGGGGAAACAACAGAAAUCCGUAUAUGCAAAUCAACGUAUCCAAACACACCGAGACUGCGUUCCUGCUGCACUUGAAAGGAAAUACCAUGCCUAACCCUGCCCGACAGAUUCAGGUUUGUGCCUAAGAUGUUAGAUCGGGCCACGUAGUCUCCACUUACUACUAGUACUGUGUCCUCAGAAUCUUUUUUAAACUAUAUUAUCAUGAAUUGAAACUAAGAUAAAAUUUCUCUCUCAUGACAUUCUAUCUUAGUAAUCUAAAGGUUCGAUAAAUUAAUGAGUCAGGUUGCAGCCCUCGUGCGAGUUUAAAGGCAGUUGCUAGCUUCUGUGUUAACUUAGAUACGUCAUGCCGUAAUUUCUGGGGUAGUUCUCUCGGAGCUGUGAAGGGUCCCGUGCCGUGCCGUUCGUUCUUCCUGUUCAGUUAACCAGAACCAUUUUGUAAACACGAGGAGAUUAGCAGAGUAAGGGAUGUUACAGAAGAAAGACCCGAGUCAGACAAGUGACCAAGGUCUGCUGUGACUGCACAAGCUGUCCAGACAAAAUAUAUAGGGAUCAAAAAACUUUAAUCUGUCUGAAAGCACACAGAGUGUCGUUUACUACUGUUUCGGAUUGAAAACCUGUCUUAGAGCGCGAACCUGCAUUAAGAAUCUAGUCUUUGUAGCAGAAUUUUCUCGAUGCCGUUCACUAGCAAGAGUUUUAGACAAAUUACAUUAUAAGUAAAGUUUGGCUGGUAGAAUAAAACUACCUCAACUUAAUUUCAUUCUGUUCAUAGUAGAGCAAAUUCAUCUCUUCUCUGCUUCUCCACUCUCCCACCUUCCCUUGUCUCCCCGUGCUGCCGCACUUCCCACCGCGGGGAGAAAAUCUGUCAUUAGUAGCACUUACCUUGUAAGAUACUUUGUUUUCCAUUCGAAUUAUGCCACCUUAGUGUGAAAUCGGGGACUUCAAAGUGCUUGGUUACAUCAUAAUUUGAAUUUUAUGUAAUGUCAGGUUUCUAAUCAAUUUAAUACAGAGCUCUUCAAUUUUAAUUGUUUUCUACAGUUUCCACCGCCCUCAGUAAAUGGCUGUAAGAAGCAGUAUUUUGUCUUAAUGAUUAAUAAAUGUAUCAAUGUAUCCUUUGCUUAUACAUUUGAGAAUAGGAGUUUCUUCUAGAAACUUCCUAGAUGGAAUGCUUAUACGCUGUUAACAUGCAUAGGAAACCUCGCUUGUGUUUCCCCAACCGUGAACAGAAAAAAGGGUAACCUCCUAUCUGCGGUUUUUUUUUCUUGCAUCUGUUAGGAGUCAGUACAAUGCUGUAAACGUUGCUGAAGGAAGACUUGUCGGGGUGGGGGGGGGGGUUCUAAAGAAUGUUGUGUGUGGAGAAGAUACUGCUGAAAGAAGGCGUGAGGUGUCUAUCUUCUGUAUCAGAGGCCCCGGGCCAGAUUUGCCACACAUUCACGUAACACAAUCGAAUUCGAGACGUAAAGCAAAGCCGGCCUUUUUCCUCUGAAUCGUGUACCAGUCAGCUGUCGUCCGCACACCGUCCCAGUGAUACCUGGGAUGUCUUCUCAUCAAAGCAAGCUACGCGGCCACUGCAAAGAAAGCAGACUUUCUUUUUUGACAGCUAGAUACUCGUUUUUUAGAGGAAACAAAUUGCUGAAGAAGUGAAUUUUCUUUGGUAAAAUCUCCUGAACAGAACCGAACCUUGGCCUUCAGAAGUUGCAUCUGACAUACAGUAAAGCAGUAACGGAUGUCCUGUGAAAGCCAUGGCAGGCUUUCUCUUAAUUCUGAAUUCUCUUCAUAAGCCAUUCUCUUAAUUUCUGAAGUUUAUAAUUCUUCCCACACCAGGCCUCUCCAAGGAGACAAUUCAUUGUUGAGGAGUGAAUGGGUUAUUGCAAUAUUGUUGCAAUAUUAUCAGUGCCUGCAUGACUUAGUCAAUUCAUUUUAUAAAAACAGUUCUUUUUUAGUUUUUUAUUCAGUUCAUUGACACGGUAGCUGCAGAAAUUAGAUGAUGUUUUUUAAAAUAAAUUUGCCACAUAAUACGGGAUGCAAUAACCAACAAGAACUGCUAAGUGCCAAACUGUUAUUUUCCUAUAUAUAAAUAUAAAAAUAUUCUGCUGAAGGGUAGGAAUAUAUUUAAUUUUAUUAGGCUCCAAAAUUAAUCGUGACUUUUUUGUAAAUGACAGUUACUUCAGUAUUGUGAAAUAAAUUUUAAGUCAUUUCAUGCAGGUUUGUUUUAACAUUCCACUUAUGCCUUGAAACAUCUUUUUCUCGAUAAAUUUUUAAUACUUCUUUUUCCGUAAGGCACUUUUACCAGGCGUAGGUUGGAAUAGGCAGUUGAGGAUAGAUGUUAAAAUUUUAAAUGAAUAUCAUUGGGGGAAGUGCAAUUUAUUUUCAUUAUCCCGCCAACAGAAGGAAACUUGUUUCGGGGUUAGAGUCAGUGAAUAUUUAAAGGAUCUCUCGUAGGCUACAGUCUAAAGUAGGCUUGUUUGUUUGUUUGUUUGUUUGUUUAACAUCCAAAUAUAGAUUUUUCAAACAUAUAAGUAUUUAAUUUAAAAUGAAGUGCUGUUUUGGGGGUUUGUUUUUUGUUUUUCAUUUUGUGUGUGUGUGUGAGUGUGUGUUAGUGCUUCUAUCCUGUGAGAGGGAAAAGUGUGAGGGACAGAGUGUGCGUGCGUGUGUGUGUGUGUGUGUGUGUGUGUGUUAUGUGACUUGGUAAGUCUGUUUAUACAUGUUUACUUUUAAAAUUGUAGUUCCAAACUACAUAUAUUACUGUCUCCUGGUGCUUCCGAUAAAUCCUUGAGCCUGUGGCCCUUCAGUUUAUACUACUAUGUUCAACUCACGUUGGGUGUAAAUAUUCAUAGAGUCGUAGUCUGUAUAGUAAGUUUUACCUGGUGUUUGCAUUCCUUCAGUGGGACUAAAACAGUGCUUACCAACUAGUAUAGUCGAUAUAGCUGUAAAGAUUUGGCCUUGGAAAUCUUUGAACUCUUUGUUUCUUUCAUUAGUUCUUUAUUUCAUUGCUGUGAGGAGUUGAUAGGUAACAGUAGGCUGUUUUCAAACCGCAGCAACCAGAAAAGAAUAUUUGGGCGAUGAUGGAUGGUGUGCUCCCUGUGCUAAAGUGUCCUGUUAUAUUGUACUACCACUUUCGUGAUGCUUUGGGGUGCCAUUUUUAUAAUUCAUGGGUGGGAGGGGGGUUCCCUGCAAUAUGCAGGAAGCACAUCCUUAUAUUGACCUGGUAGGGAUAGGGCUGUCUUUGCUGUGUCACCUCAGUUACUCAUGGUAGUAAGUUGGGUUUUUAGAGAAAUUCGUCAGCUGCCUUGGUCCGUUGGGGUUCCAUUUGGUAUGUUCCUCCUCCUGUGUACCAGACCAAAAAGUUUCCCAAGGAGUGCUAAAAAUGCUACAGUAUUACCUUCUUGUUGGCCUUUCUGAUUCUAGAAGAUGCCUCCUGUGGUCAGAUGGAGACAUUUGAAUAUCUGGGGAAAGAAUGAGGUGGCACUUUGCGUGGAUUUAUUUACUUAUUCUUUAAUGUUUGGGUUUUGGUUUUUGUGUUUUGUUUUUGUUUGUUUGUUUUUUGAGAGAGCUUGAGCAGGGGAAGGGGACAGAGAACCAGAAGCAGACUCUGCAAUGACAGCAGAGAGCUUGACGCGGGGCUUGAACUCACGAGCCAUGAGAUAAUGACCCGAGCCGAGGUCGGACACUCAGCCAACUGAGCCACCCAGGCACCCCUGCAUGGAUUUAAAAGGUGCUGGGACCCCCUUAAAAAGCACCUGGUGGAAGGGAAGUGUGAGCUUGCUCUCGUUCCGUGGCUGCCCCUCAUGUCUGUGAGAGCCUUGGGGGAGCCAGGAAGGGAGGAGACGGAUUUGUACAGAAAAGCUGCCCUGGGUUUAAUCAGCAAAUGCUUAUGGAGGACCCCCUAGGGAUUCUGCUUGGAUUUCUGGGGGGGCUGUCAUGCUGCUCUCCCUCUAGCCUGUAAACUCCUCGUGGGCAGUGACCCUGUCUUGGCCAUCUGCUAACCCCAGUGCCUGACACACAGCAGGUAGUCAGGAAAUGGUUGGCCAGUGAGUACAGUACCCUUGUGAUCAAAGUGAUGUUCUUUGUGGGAUUGAGAAGCCCUCUCCAAGAGCGAUUUAUUUUGUUGGAUUUUAAAUGAGAGGCUUUGUAUGCAGAUGUGCUGGCCUCCUAUUCUAGAGUGAGAAACUAGUACAGAUACAACACACAAAGUGCCCGACGUGCACACACACACUUCUGUGGUUUCCAUAUGUUCUUUAGGGUUUGGAGGACCCUACUAUGCUCAGCACACCUAAUACCACUGAUCACAUUUAGUGUUGGGAUUGAUUGCUUUUUACACGUGCCUCUGGGUGUUUUCCAGAACAUACUGCUGUGAUCCUCACUUCUCCAUGAUGGGUGCAGUGGCCCCACUGGACAGAGAGCAGUCUCUGAGGCCCAGGAGAUACGGCUUCAUUUCCCACCUCACAUGCAAGUAGAAACCCAAAGCAGAAGCCAGGUCUUUGUAUUAUCAUUUCACCGUUCAGCCUCUGAGACAAUCGCUUAAUUUUCUAGGCAUGCAAGUAUUUUCAGUCCUAAGAUAAUCAUUUGUGGUAUAACGUAAGCCCUCAAACAUGUCCUUUAAAGUUAUACAGACAUCAGCUGAAAGGUCUUUGGUUUUCUUUGUCAGUUAGCGAUAGGAUAGGAAAUUUAAGAAUUGACUAAAGUUAUAAGAACGGAAGUACUAAGUGUGUUUGACAGAAAAGCACUUUUUAUUCUUAAAGAGCAGAAACUUCGUUUAUAUUUCUUUUCUUACCACGUGUACAGUAAGGGAGAAGAGAGUGUGUCUUCGAAGGUAGAAGGAAGUAUUUUGCUAGCUCUCUAAUAACCCCUGAGGUACUCUUCCUAGCCAGUUCAGAAAUGAUGGAGAUGCAUGGUAUAAAGGUGGGUUGUGACUUGCUUACCCAGGUUGGAGAAGGACAUGAAAUCAGGUCAAGGCUUUGCUGCCUGCUGGUGGGAAAGUCUCAGUGGUGUUGAACUCUUAUGUUUGCUAUUGUUUGUUUGCAAGCCAACUGGUAAAACUUUUAAAACUUUUGCAUGUUUCUCACGUGAUUCUGUUUUUAAUUAUAAAUACUUCUCACCUUUACAAUGCAUUUACAUGACAUCUGAGGAGCUCAGUUAAGAUUCUGUGUUCUUUGGUCUAAAUGCAUGCGGUCGAGGAAGGUUUGCUCAUGUUCAGUUCUGUCCCCGAAGUUCUGUCAGUGACUGGGUCUUUAGACUUCUUCCCUUCCUCAUCACAUCAGAUAUCUGAUAAGUUAAGCAGCCUGGCUGGCUCACUUGGUGGAACGGGUGACUCUUGGUCUUGGGGUCAUGAGUUCAAGCCCCACGUUGGUUGGGUGUAGCAAUUACACAGGUGUAGCCCAUACAUGCUGCAUAAGAUCACACAGGGAAAGAUCGCCCGUUCUUACGACCCAUAUAAAUAUGUGGCCACUUUGGAUGAUUCAGAUCCCAAGUAGACACAGGCUCAUCUUUCUGGUCAACGAAUUAUAUUUAUUAGACCUUACUUUUUAGCAUUUAAGUAAAAUUCAUAGGUUUUAAAACUUUAUUUUUAUUGUUCCUGCUUAUCAAUUACAAAUAAGGCAUACUUUAGAACCUUGGGUAAAACUUUUUCCAGUUAAACCCGUGAACUUGGUAUGAAUAUGACUAUACGUAGCUCGCUUUAUCGUGUUUCCUGUUUAAUUGGAUGAGAAUUACAUGCACCUAUUCCCUUGUUCUUUGUGUUUAUAGGAAAAACUCUGUUCUCCGCUACCUCAUUAUGUGGUGUUGUGCUUGACCCCCUGCCAAUUUAGGAGAAUUCAACACAUUCUGUCCUUUAACAAAAGCCUGGAAGCCAGCAGCAGGCGGCCUUGAGGAAUACAAUUCUCUAAGGCUUAUUUUCCAUUUUACUAUUUUUUUUUUUAAACAGGCACUUUUAAUCAGGAGGAACAGUCAUUCUCCUAGAGCUGCUGCAAAGUGAUUACUUGAAACUCAACUUGAACUUUAAAGAGUCUUGAAAAGGCUAUGUUUUCAUGAUGUAGAAAAGUAGUAUAUUUAAACACCACUGCUGUGUAAAACAGAGGGCUUACUCUCCAUCCUUGUUAGGAUCAGACCCGAGAAGGUGUCUACCUGUAAUCUGACCCAGCGGUGGGAAUUCAGAUGCUUGGGGCUACUGUUUUUCUUUGUCUUAAGGUGCUACUGUGGUUGGUUUAAGGAGCUAUUAAGUGUAUUUCCAUGAAUUUGUUUCCCGAGAAUCUUUUAAUUUUGAUGACAGUAGAGGCUCAUUAGUAGAUUCCUCUUCUCUUUUCAUUCUGACAGUCUAGAGUUUUAAAAUGAAAUCUGAAAGUGUUUCCAAAGGACAAGGUUGAGGUUGACCAAACAACUUAGAACUGCAGGAUGCUUAAAAUCACGAGCGAUUGGAUUUUUUUCUGAGCAUCAGUGGAACGCGCCUUCUCCGCACGGCGCACGGCGGGCUCUGUCCUCGCCAGCGCCUGUCGCCUUCCCUGGUCGGUAAGUUAGGGGAGCGAGCCGCCCCGAGGCCCAUCGAUUCCUCCAGUCAGACCUUCCUCCUCCCGGAGCGGUUUCUUACAGGAAUUACCCAGCAUCCCUGGUGCCCAAAAGACUUCUGCCCGUUCCUAAAAACCUAGCGUCCCGGGAAUAACGUAGAGACCAGAUAAAAGCUAGCGACAGAACUGCCGUUACCCUCCGACAUGAUCUAGUUUUUAAGCUUGUGCUUUUGAGGGUGAAAGGCAGAGUUUCUCCCCAGAUGACAGGACGUCAGCACCAGCGGGUCUGGCAGCAGGCGUGAGACAUUUUCCUAAGUGGUUUCCAAGAGAACCGACACUUACCGCUUCAGGGCCCCAGCCUUUUCCUUUCGAUUAUCUCGAGGAAAACCUGUGUAAACACUUUAUGGACGUGCGCAAGCAAGCCUAGUGGCUGUGAGCGUGCACGGGCCCCGGAGCCAGGCACAGGUGGGUUUGAGGGCUUGCACCGAAGGCUGUUUUGUGACCGCUGGGAGCCCUUUAACCCUGAAGCCCGGUUCCUUACCCGUAGACGUAGGACGACAGGGGUGUUUACGUCUUCGGGCUGCUCUGAGGACCAGAGCCGUGAGGGCGAUGAGAGCCUGGCGCCACCGUGUGACCGUGGCCGCCGUGGCCACCCAGCCCGGCCUCCGGUCGUCGGUGCCCUCGCUGCGCGUCCUGACCUCGGCACUUCCGCGUUCGGACGUCUGCCACCGUGGGACCUACAAGUAAAUGGAUGUAUCUGUUGAUAAAAUGAUUUACUUCCUGGACCCAGGCCACUGCUCUCCUUCCACUGCUCUAAUAUCUGGAUCCAGGAUGGUUCUGUAGAGCUGCAGCAUCCCCUAAUGCGUGCUUAGACCACUUAGAGUUGUUUUAAAUAACCCUCCGUUCCGAAUUUGCGUCAUGAAGCCCUCUAAGAAUACUUUAAAUUCUUUACCGAAGUUGAUUUUUCUUUUUCCCUUAAAAUCCACAAGUAGUAGAGUACCCUGGUCAGAUCAACUGGAUAUUUUCUAGAUCUCUGUUUGAGAUCAGUAUACCUAUUCUCUCUUAACGUGGAUGCCAUGUGAAACUAAAGCAAAAAAACAAACAGAAUUUGUUACAGGUACGUGCGUGUCUGUGUGUGUGUGUGUGUGUGUGUGUGUGUGUGUGUGUGUGUGUGUAGAGCUUCCGCCCCUUUGGAUAAAGAAGGGUUAUUUAACAAAGUGAUGCAGAAAGUGAGCUACUUAAUUCCUUUCAUCACAUCGCUUCCUUUCCGGUUCGCACUCUGGGACUGGCGGGUUUAGCAGCAUGUAAGACAUUGUAUAAA